AUGGCAAGUGACAAGAGGAUCCGCAGAACAUACAGAUCACUUACAAUGAAUCAGAGGCUAGAAGUUCUUCGACAUUUGGAAAGUGGAGCAUCCACGUCGGAAUUGGCUACCAAAUAUGAUAUACAUCCUGCUACGGUUUGUCGAAUUCGACGAUAUGCAGCGACAUUAAAUCAGUUAACAGAGCAAGGGGUCGUGAUGGGAAAUCGCCGAAAAUUACGGAAACCGGUAAACGAAGAAGUGGAUAACCGUUUGUACGUAUGGUAUCUAGAACAAUUAGCUCUUGGUGAGACGCUUACGGAUUCACUGAUGUUAGAAAAAGCAGUAGAUAUUCAUACAGAGUAUGGAGGACCCUCAACUUUUAAAGCAAGUAGAGGUUGGCUGUGGCGAUUUAAAAUUCGUCACGACAUUAACACGAAAAGAGAUGUGGACGUAAAAACUGCGAAACAAUUUAUGGAGAAUUUUACACGUUGCAUAGAGGAAACGAGCAUUGACAAAGAGAAUGUUUAUAAUUUUUGUCAGACCGGUCUCGUAUGGAGAAACCUUUGUACAUCGAUUUUAGUUCGUAGCGGAAUAAAAGACAUUGACGGACAGAGACCAAAAAGAGAACGAGUUACUAUAGGUCUUUGUACCAAUACUACAGGAAAACACAAGCUAACACCGUUAUUUAUUAACAAAUUUGCAAAUCCAAGGGUAUUAAAGUCUUGGAAGUAUCAUUUACCCGUGAUUUUCAAAUCGCAGCGACAAGGUUCCUUAGAUGCAGGUUUAUUUUUUGAUUGGUAUCAAAACCACUUCAAACCUGAAGUGUUGAAGCAUCAAAUGCAAAGCGGCAUCUAUGGAAAAGUUAUUCUCAUUUUGGACGAUUCUCAGGGAGAUAAAACGAAGUUAUUUGAAGGACUUCAACCAGAUGAACGCUUUCAAAUUAUAUUUUUUCCUCAAAAUACCUCUCAGAAUCUUCAGCCAAUGAAUCAAAUAAUUGAUGCAGUGAAGAAGUUAUAUCGAAAUAAAAUGUUACACCAAAUUCAGAGUUUGCCAGGUGGAAUAAAAGAAUUUUAUUCUAACUUCGACAUGAAGGAAUGUAUUGAUUUCUUACAUGAAGUAUGGUCAGAACUAAGCACUAUGUGUAUUCAAGUCGCGUGGAAAAACCUUGUUAAACAAAAUUUUAUAGAAAUAGCAGCAGUAGAAGAUCUUGGAAGUCAACUAGAGAGUGAUCUACAGGAGACUGUUGACGUUAUCACUACAGAUCAAGAAUCGGAAGAAGAAGCCGCUGACUUCGUAACAAAUAGUGUAGAAGAUGAAAAUUUCUCCGAAUGUAAAAUAAAAAUUGAACCUUUCAACGAUACAUGUACGGAGGAGUUGUCAUCAGUUACAUUGCCUGAUGAAAGUGAAAUCAUGACAGCAUUUAAAAGCAUAACAAUUUGGUCCAGACUAGAACCAAAUUUUGUUAGACUACAUGUAAAGCGUUUAAAAAAAUACUACGACAAAAAGUGA